CUCGGAAGUAAUUUGUUUUUUGUAAUAUUAAUGGAUUGAAUCAAUCUUACAGAAGGCUGAAAUGAGGUGUCUCUUACCAAGAAGUCUGCUGGAUCAUGGAUUUUUUUCUAGAUCCCCUCUAUAUGAAGAAGACAGGAAUAAGAAAUCAAAUGGCCUAUUUUGCAAUUUCUUGUUCGUGUUACAGGCUUGUGAGAAGUUUUUAUCAUUGAGGAAAGGUAUAAAGUCGGAUGUUACUGCUGUUUUAGAAGAGGACCACAUUGCAAGGUGUUCAUUCGAGCAGGCUUGCUUCAAUCUGGUCACAGUUCUUUCUAAUGUCGAGGCCAAGAAGAGGUUUGAGUUUUUGGAAGCUUAGUGGGGUAAUGGAUGCUCACCUUAUUCGUUAUUUCAAACAAGUACGCAUACGAUUUCCUUGUUCAUUGUCCUAUUGAAUGUAGUUUGCUGCUCUUCUCUGGUGCUUCUCUAAAAGCUUUUGACCUGGUUUUCUUACAGGGAUAUGAGCUAUUGCAUUAGAUGGAGCCAUAUGUCCACCAGGCCUGUUUUUGUUUAUGAAUUGCCAUAGAAAAUGUGUAGGGUGCUUAAUUUAGCAACAUGAGUUUGUGCAUAGACUAGAUGUGAUCUACAUUCUUCUGGUCAGUUAGAAGACUUUAUGGCAUAGGUAAAGGGUCUAUUCUCUAGGAAUUCGUAGGGACAAUUAGGGCAUGGAUAUGGGCUCCAAAAGGAUAGUUUUGGCUCCUUUCUAUAGGUACCUUUCUGGGCUAGAGGUGUGAUCACCUUUACGAGUAGUCUAUGCUUAUUUGAGGUCAUCUAAAAAUGAUUGGUUUUUGUUGGACUUCAAGAUGGUCAUUUCUGG